AUGUGGAUUAUCCAGGGCAGAAGAGCCAUUCGCAAAAUUGUCAAAAAGUGUGUGAAAUGUCGGCGAUUUAGUGCCAAGAGCCCUGCGACGUAUCCAGCCCCAUUACCAGAAGAUAGGAUCAAAGACAGCAAGGUUUUUGAAGUCGUUGGUGUGGAUUUAGCCGGACCUGUCUUUCUGAGAAAUCACACGAAGGCGUGGAUUGUGUUGUACACAUGUGCAGUGUAUAGAUGUGUACAUUUGGAAUUGGUGUCCUCUCUCAGCACCGAAGCUUUUCUGUGGUCGCUGCAGAGAUUUGUGGACAGACGAGGAAGACCCGAUACCGUGUACAGUGACAACGGUACCAAUUUUGUGGGCGCUGUGAAUCUCUUCAAAACAAUCGACUGGGAGAAAGUGGAGAAAGAAGCCCAAGUGAAACGAAUCAAUUGGAAAUUCAGUCCUCCUACUGGAGCAUGGUGGGGAGGAUGGUGGGAGCGCCUCAUCAGAGUGAUGAAGGACCUACUGAAGAGGAUGUUAGGAAACGCCCGACUUACGUAUGAAGAGAUGGCUACACUUUUAUGUGAUGCGGAAGCUGUCAUGAAUGCCAGGCCGUUAACCUACAUCAGCGAGGACCAAGAUGACCUAGUGCCCCGUACGCCAUCCAUGUUUCUACAGGACAUCGUGACUACUGAAACCCCUGAGAUGACUUGUCCUGGUGGAGAUGAGUUAAGAAAGCGAUUGAGGAUUCGACAACAAUUGAAGAUGGAGAUACGAUCCAGAUUUCGCAAGGAGUACCUCAGCCAAUUGGUACAGAAAGGAAAGGACCCCAAGUCGCUACCUAUCAACGUUGGAGACAUCGUGUUGGUGGGAGCAGAAAAUAAGAAGCGUCUUAAGUGGCCCAUGGCGAAAGUGAUUGAAUUGUUCCAGGGGAAGGAUGGACAUGUGCGUGUGGCGAAAGUCAAGACGGCUAAUGGAGAAUUAAUCCGUCCUAUACCAAGAUUGUUUCCCCUGGAAGUGUCGAGUGUCGUCAAGGACAUUCACAUCACCGAGAAGAUCAAGAAAACGGCUGCGUCAAGAAAAGAAGCUACAAGAGCUGAAGAAUUAGCAGUCAAGACUCGAUGUGGACGACAAAUUAAGAAACCCAUGAGAUUAGGAAUUAUGUGA